AUGGGCAACUGCUGUGGACAGUUGGCUCCCUCUCCCGCGCCCAAGAAUCGCCAGCAGAAGGCGCAGCGCCAGCACGGCUGGGCUGCAACGGGCGUGGUGGCACUCCGGGACGAGCGCCUGAAGGAACUGCCGGUCUCCAUAGGAGAUAUCGGCUCCAAGGUCACGGCCAUUGAUGCGACGAACAACCGCAUCAGUGCCCUGCCGGCCUUCACCGGUUCCCUGUCCCGGCUGCAGAGACUGGUGCUCACCAAGAAUGACUUAGACCACCUGCCGCCAGACCUGUGGCGCCUUUCUCAACUCAAGGUGCUCGUCUUGGACUACAACUCGAUAUCCUCGUUGCCUGCGGGCCUGGGCGAGCUCACCCUUCUGGAGAGACUCUCCGUUGCCGCCAACAACUUGUCGGCCUUGCCGGAGUCAGUCGGGCGCCUGGCCCGCUUGCGUCAACUCAACGUGGCAAAGAACCAGCUCAGGGAGAUCCCAGAGUCGAUUGGAAGUUGCUCGGACCUGGAGGACAUCGAUGCAACGGACAACUACUUGCAGGGAAUCCCAAUGGGCCUGGAGCGCUUGGGACGCCUCAGGACGCUCACCUUGGACAAGAACAGCGUGGCGUCAAUUCCGGAGGGCGUUCUCAUGUACUGCACUUCAUUGCAGACGCUGAGUUUGCAAGAAAAUCCGAUCAGCAUGGACCAGCUACAGGCGACAGCAGGCUAUGAUCUGUUUGAGAAGCGGAGAAAGGGGAAAGUGGACAAGGCGAUAGCGUCGGGCGUGAUGCUGGGAUCAAAUACGAUGGCUGAGGCAAUUGAAAGGAGAACCUAG